GUCAUUUAAAAAUUUGCCAUCGCUUUGCGACGUCAUGUCGAAUUAGCUCGAGUGUCACAUGAGUAAGACAGACGAAUUUGAUUGGCUAAUGGUGAUGUAAUGAAUUUUAUUUAGCACGUUGUAGUGCUAGCUGGCGUAAUGGACGCAAAGCAUAUUGAAUGAAAAGUGGGCUUUUUUCCGCCGUACUUCUUGCUAUAAAGGCGCAGCAAUGCUGACUAAAUAAUAAAAAUCUCUUGAACAUUUGUGUAUAAAUUUUUGAGCUUUUAUUUUAGUGCAAAUCCAUUUUUCUGGCCUUCACUUAUUUAAGUUUGCUACUUCGAUUCCUUUAUUUGUAAACAAAGGCAGCGAAGGUUCUUCGAUUUAUCAUCAAACGAAAGGAUCCCGUGUUGAACCUUGAUGGUGACUGCUUGUGAACAACGUUGGGGUGAAAUUUUUGAUACUGGAUCGACGACUUGUACGGGGAUGCACAGAAAAGGAGAAACGUCGUCGUCAACUGGAUCUCGCUCCGUUGGUGGGAAAACCGGCGAAAUGUCAGGAUGUCUUUUAUCGAAGUUACAGUCCAUUCUACCUUGUGAACUGUCCAAACUCAUCUCGGAAGAUGAUAAGAAGGCAGACGAUCUAGUCCUCAUUGACUGUCAAUCUUUCAUGGAAUAUAGUUCAAGUCAUAUAACCGGGGCGUACCAUUUGAAUUGCACUGGGAUGCUGAAAAGACGAUUGACACAGGGGAAACUUAAAGUGCAUGAUCUGUUUUCAUCAGCGCAAGGGAAAGAAAGAUUUCUGGAGGCAAAGACAAGCAAUAGGCCUGUUAUCGUUUAUGACAAUACUUGUGAUACAGCCGAAUUUAGUUCGUCGUCAAAACCCAUUACUCUAGUCACGAAAUUUCUCUUAAACGAAGGCACUAACACAUUAAUUUUACAAGGUGGACUUCGAGAGUUUGUGCAACAUCAUCAAAAUCUUUGUGAGUCGGUACGCAAGGCGGCGAAGGAUACUCAACCUGAUCGUGUAACCUUAGUCAGAGCUACGGAUAAGCUAAGCACCCAACUAAGCAAAAUAGAAUGUCCUAGUAGCGUAGCUGAUUGUUCUCCUGUAUCAGAAAUAAUCCCCUUUCUAUAUAUUGGCAAUAAGAUUAGUGCUUCAGAUGAAACUCUAAUUGAUAAACUAAACAUAAAAUAUGUUCUCAAUGUAACUAAAGACCAUCCUAAUUACUUUGAAAACCGACCGGAGCUCAUCUAUAAGAAAAUCUCUGUUAAUGACUCGAAUAAGGAAGAUAUUGGAGUUCAUUUUGAGGAAGCUUUACAAUUUGUUGAUGAAGGACGUCGAAAAGAAAAAGGAGUUUUAGUUCAUUGUCAGGCUGGCAUUUCAAGAUCAGCUACCAUUGUUAUUGCGUAUCUUAUGAAACAUGAAAGAUUAACGUUAAACGACGCUUACAAACUUGUGAAGGAGAAGCGACCUGUAAUUUCGCCGAAUCUCAACUUUAUGGGGUCGUUGUUGAAGUUUGAGAAAACGUCUUUGCGAUAAGUUAGCGAUUCCUGGUUUUUUCAUUUUCAUUUUUCCUGCAUAAAGUUGAUGUUUACGACUUCUUAAAUUCUUCCCGGUGGCAUGCAAUUGCGGAAAUGAACGUUUCAAAUGUGUUCCGUCGCUUUAGAAAUUUUGAAUCUUCGUCAAUAUGAGUUCAAAGUUUUCAAUAGUUUAGUUUUGUGAAAAUUAAUCGUCGAGUGGACAUUUGUUUUCGUGCUCAUUUUCUAUUUAAAUUAUGUUAAUCUCUCUGGCUAAGCUAAUCUUAUAUGGGUGUAAAUCAUAAAAGGACUCACAUGUGUAAAAAGUGUGUAUAUUGAUUAAAAUAGGAACAUGUAACAGCA